UUACUGUUGCUCGCAGGUCGCCAAUUGACGGUGUUCAAUAGUCAAUCGACUAUUCAAGUUGGUGGUCGAUGGAAUCGCAACAAAGGCAGAGUAGAGAGGUCGUUCUUGGGCAUAAUCGCCGGUCUGGUCGUAAAUGGCGCUCGAAUUUUGGAACUCGCUGCGGCGAAGGAUGGAAGAAUUAUCACCAGAGGAGAUGUUCAGUUAUUACCUCCAGGAAGUCUGCUGGACCGUGCUGCUCCGUUGCAGAGGAUGCAACAGACGCCGGCGUCCGGUUUCCCAGGCGUCAUGGACGACCUCAUAUUUUCCGGUGCCGGAAGUGGUUGCGCCGCCGACGACGAAGACGAAGAAUGCACGCCAAUCUACGAGCCUGGUUCCGACGACAUAAUAACGCCCGUCUACGUCGCGCCAACGAGGUCGCCGACGACGUUCAGGCCGAAGCAUCACAAGGAGGACCUUCAGCGUCCGUCGUGCGACGACGAGGAGGACUGCGAGGAAGGCUCCGGGGAACCCGUCACCACCGAGGAGAUCUUCGUCACGUCCGCCACUGACUCGAGCUCGGUGGCGUACACGACGGGCCGCGAGUACACGACCAGCCACAUCAGCACGCAAACGUCUCCAGGCUCGCCGUCGACAUCGACCCGGGACAUCGUCACCGACUCCGUCCAGUACAAUGUGUCAACCACAGACCUCGAAACCAGCCACGUCAGUAGCGUUGUGACGCAGAGAUCGAGCACCGUGACGACCCAAACAACGACCACGGAGAUGACGGACCCACCUCCACCGCCUCCACCGCCCAUCUACCCUCCGAUGCCGACGCCGCCGAAGAACAACAACAACAACAAGAGGAUAACGUCCGAGGCGGCAGAGAACGCGGCGCUGAUAAUCGGCAUCAUAGCCGCCGCAUUGAUCGCCAUCGUGCUCAUCAUUCUCAUCAUCCUCAAGUUCAAGAAUCGUCCAGAGACCAGCUACAAAGUGGACGAGACGAAGACCUUCUGUCAGGACCCGAACGCUGCGCUGCUCGGCGCUGCUGGCUCCGGCCAGCCGUUCAACGGGCCCAUGAAGAACGGCGCAAAUGGCAGCAAAGCGAACAAGAAACGGGAACUGAUAGACAUCAAAGAGUGGUACGUGUAGAGACGGCCAGUCUUCGAGAUUCACGCGUCCGCGUGAGUGGCGCACGUGCUCUUGAAAACCUCGUGGCCAGGUGAACACGCGAGUCCAAGAACUUGACGAGGAACGUGUGACAGCCUCUUCUUAGGUCCUUCGUUGGUGCUAGGCGAACUAUUUAGCUAUUAGUUUUUCGACGCGUUUCUCCACGAACGAUAGAACGGGCUGUGUUCCUCGCGGAUAAACGCGGCGAACGAGAGAGGAGACUGCGCCCGAGACGAGUCGUCUCGAGCGAUCUUCGCAGACGUCGUGAUGCGAUCGUUGCUCCGCCGGCACACGACCAGCCAGCCAGCCGUCCGAUGACCGUGCGUCAUCGCGCUGGCAAGAUCUCCUCCGUGUCUCAGGCGCCGGUCAACUUUAGAUGAAUCAGCGUUAUAAGCAUAUCCAAUGUUAUAUCGAUGGAGGUCGAGCCUGGUCGACGCUGUGCGCGACGAUCCUGUCGGCGGAGGCUGCGCGCGUCCAGGAUGGAAGACAACGAGCGGUUCGAAGCUCGCGGCGCUGAUCGGCGUAACGACGGCACGAGACCGAUCGCGUCGAGCGGAAAGGCAGAGGAAGAGCAACAGACGGAUGAAGAAGAAACGCAGACGCGAAAGAGAGAAGAAGGGAAAGGGAUAGAGGCACGAAAGGUGCGUUGCGGAAGGAUGUAUCGAGUGGUUGUGCCGAUCGAAAACGUGUCCGAGCGGCGACGGACGCGGAGCAUGGCGUUGUUACUCUUCGUCAGAGCGACGCUCGGCUUUAGUUGCAGCACUUUGUCGACGUGGAGCACGCGACUCGAAGCGUCGAGUCCUCGAAAUACGAGCGCGCCACUUGCCCGAAAAAGGAAAAGAAAUUGAAAGGGAGAGACGAAUAUUCUCGCGCAGGCUCGUAAAAUCAAACUUCUUCCUCGUUGCUAGACACGUUGUUAGUUGUAUAUUCGUUGUACAUGGACAGGUUCGUCGCGCAUUAACGAUAGCAUUCAGAUGAUCCUCCUUUAGGCGAAGCGUUCGAGAGGAGAAACGAUCGUUCGAGGAGACGUAAAUUGCGCGCGCCACGUAUUUCGAGGAUCGGCAAAGACCAGCAGAGGGAGAGCAAAAUUCGCUUUCGUUCGGACGUUGCCAUAGUCCAUGAAGCGCGAGCGCAAAGCGACGAGAAAGUGUUGGAAUUAACGCGCAAGAACGAAAGUAUCAAUACGAACGAUCCUAUCUAGCGAUUAAUGAACUUAUUGUUGUAUAGAAGAAAGCAAAAAAAAAAUAUAUAUAUAUAUAUACAUACACGAUAUUUAUCGAUUAUGUUAUGCGUGUAAAUUGUUUAUUAAAUUAUAGAUUUUAUUAACACAACAAUGGAAGAGAGCGUGCGGAUACGUGUUACACGGUGUGCAUGAUGGAAACGGUAUGAAAGGGAUGAGAGAUAGUCCGCGUUGUUUUGUUUGAAUAUAAAGAAGCGACUCGAAGUAACGUCGGUGUAUUAGCCGUAAAUUUAACGCGUUCUUGCGGGACGCGGACACUGUAAGCUGUAAGUGAUCGCGCGCGGAAACGCUCGGAGGACACUGUCGAAAUAGUAAAUGACACGUAGCCAUGCGCAGAUCGAUGCUUAUACGUAUACACAGGGUGUGAACGCAGUAUUGCCAAAAAAAAAAAAGA